AUGGCCACUGAACAGUUUGCCAACAAACUGCAGGAGGAAGUGAUCUGUCCCAUAUGCUUGGACAUUCUGCACGACCCUGUCACCAUUGACUGUGGGCACAAUUUCUGCCUCGGAUGCAUCACUCAGAGUGGGGAAGCAUCAGAGGUGUUUUUGGCAUGUCCCCUCUGCAAAACUCCUGUAAGGAGGAACACAUUCAGGCCCAGCUGGCUGUUGAUGAAUCUGGUAGAGAAAAUCCAAGCUAUGGGUUCCUCUGAGAUGCAGCCCAAAAGGUAAGAGCUGAGAUGUCCAAGACACAGGGAGAGGUUCCAUUACUUCUGUGAACAUGAUGGGAAGUUCCUCUGUGUGGUGUGUGGUGAAUCCAAGGACCACAAAUCCCAUGAUGCCAGCUUGAUAGAAGAAGCUGCCCAGAAUUAUCAGGGGAAGAUUCGAUGGCAGGUCGCGUUCCUGCAGCAUCAAGAGGAGGAGACGGUACAAGAGAAGACGCAAGACGAAGCGAAGACCAAAGCCUUCCCACUUCAGGUGGAGUAUGAGCGGCAGAAGAUCCUCACAGAAUUUCAGCACCUGCACCAGGUCCUAAAGGAGGAAGAGAUUUUCCUCUUGUCAUAGAUCGACUGGCUCGGUCACGAGGGAGCCGAGGGAGGGAAACACCACGUCACUUCCACUGAGGCACAGCUGACCUCUCUCAGGACGCUCGUUGAUUCCCUGAAGACCAAGCAGCAAAUGCCUGCCGGACAGCUGCUCGAUGACAUCAAAGCUGUCUUGUGCAGGUAUGAGGAGUUUCAAUUUCUUAAUGCAACUUCUCUUCCUCUGGACCUGGAGAAAAAACUCAGUGAAGCAAAAUCAAGACAUGACUCUAUCUCAGGGAACCUGAGAAAAUUCAAAUACAGCCUCCAGGCUGAUAGGAAGAAACAUGAAAGCAUAUUCUUCAAAGGAAUGAAUGAAAACUACAUGAGGAGCUGGAGCCUGUUACAGAAAAAUAAUCCCCAAACAAACAAAACCUCUGAGCCUGAGUCACCCUCUCUAGUCCCUGUAACCCUGGACGCGGCCUCGGCCCAUCCGGACCUCAUCCUUUCCCGGGAUCUAACGACAGUGACACUGCACCUCGUCCCUCGGUGCAGGUCGGAGGAGCCCGCCAGCCCCGAGCGCUUCUACCUUUCCCGCAGCGUGCUGGGCUCGCCCCGCCUCUCCUCCAGACGCCAGGCCUGGGAGGCGGAGCUCCAAGGGCCCGGGGGCGGAGCUCCAGGGCCCGAGGGCGGGGCCUGCGUGGUGGGCGGGGCCUCGGAACUAGUGCCCCGGCCCGGCUUCCUGAUCAUCGAGACUUUGACUGGUUUCUGGGCGCUGCGCAUCACCGGCUCUGAGUGCCAGGCGCUUACAGAGGGCGGCACCUGGGAGGAUCUCCCGGAGCGUCCGAAGAAAGUGGGCGUCCGCGUGGAUGACCAGGACGGGGAGGUUGUCUUCUAUGACGCCACCACGGGCAACCACAUCUACACCUUCCACGUCUCCUUCCCAGGACAGAUCUUCCCCUUUUUUCAGCUCCUGUUUUCCGGCACCCAGAUUACCCUGAGUCCCUAA